AUGUUCAAAAAACCACUAUCGAAUCUAAAGUCGUUCAGUCCAUUGCGAUCAUCAGAUAGAAGACGAUUCCAGAAUGAGGCAUAUGAUACAUAUCCAAAACUCAAAGAACAAUCUUCUCAGGAAGGCGCAUCUCAGUUGAUGCCAGACCCGCUUCAGUCAGCAAAGUUUUCUACACAUAUCGAAACACCUGGAAUAGUAUAUGUAGCAGACAAAAUUCCUUGGUGGAUCAAGCUUGAUCAGUCUGUACCUAUUCCAACCGUUUACACAAUGUGGCAACAUCCUGAUAUGCUUCCCAUAUUGUACACCUGGGGCCCCGUGGUUAACAAACUGACAAAAGGCGCAGAUUUAAUGAUCCCUGGACUAGUUGCUGGGCCCGAUGGUACAUUACCAGUGCUGGCCAAAGGUGAUUUGGUAGCAAUUACAAUCAAAGGAUAUCAAUAUCCUUUGGCAGUGGGUACAAUGGCAUUACCAACCAGUGAGAUCAAACCAAGAUCGGGGAUGAAAGGAAAGGCUGUACAUAUUAUCCAUGUUUAUCAAGACUAUCUGUGGACCAUGGGUGACAAAUCAGACCCUCCAGAUAUGCGAUCGAUAUCAGACGAUGAGUACGAAAGUGAAACGGAAGACGCUAAAAGAGAACCAACCGAAUCGACAAAACCAACAAAACCAGUUAAACCAGUUGAACCAGUUGAACCAACGGCGACAAAGACAGAAGAACCCGCUCAGACGUUAAGCACAAGCGAGAUUGAUGCUCUUUUGAGAAAGUCUCUUUUUCAGGCACUUCAAUUCAAGAUCACACCAGAACGUGCGGCUGAUCUCUUACCCAUGGCAGCUUCAAUGCUCUAUGCGUCCUAUGUCUUGCCAAGUCGACCGCGGGACUCUGGUGAGGUGGACAUAAAGAAAUCGAGCUGGAAAAAGGUACAGAAGUUCCUCAAGACAAUCGAAAAGGAAGGUGUCUUGAAACUUAAGGAACAAAGAGGAGAAACAAUGCUUGCUUCUGUCAAUUGGUCUCAUCCAUGCUUCCAAGGCUUAAGGUCAUACAAGACUCUUGAAAGCUCUUCUCAAGCAACACAGACAAAUUCUGAUAGUUUGGGUUCUAGGCCCGCUUCAGGCACUUGUCCAGCAGCCACGCCGCAAGCCUUGGGUCCAAUAGAGAUUCAAGACUUCUAUAAGCCUCUGGGUAACUCUGUCGUUGCCUUUUUUGAUGCCGCCAAGCAACCGAAGGAUGCAAUGUACAGUCCAGCUCAAGUAAGACAACUGACUUUGGACUACAUCAAGCAAAACAACCUUGUAAACCAGCGUAACCAAAAAAUGGUUACCAUUGACGCUAUCUUGUGUGAUUGUAUUCUAACCCCAUCUGAAUACAAUACUAUCGAUGCUUUGACAAGAGACCAGAUUGUCUCAAGAUUGUUGGACAAGAUGGCACCAUUUCAUUCCAUUGCAUUUCCAGGAAAGAAUCCUACUGUGCACAAAGGAAACCCAAAACCAAUCGAGAUCACUCAGGAAAUCCGUCAGGGUCGUAAAACUGUGACAAAACUAGCUGGUUUUGAAGGCUUUGGUUUGGACAUGGAUGAAUUAUGCAAAGAAUUGACCAAGUUGUGUGCAAGUAGUGUAACACAUAAUCCAAUUCAUGGAACAAGUCCAAAAAAUCCAAUGCAUGAGAUUAUGGUUCAAGGACCUCAAAUCAAAAAUGUAUCUCAAUUGGUUAUGGACAAGGGCGUACCCAAGCGAUUUGUUUGUGUGAAUGAUAAGACCGCCAAGGGAAAAGGGAAGAAAUAA